GAGUCGGAAGAUUCCGUAACUCGAAUUUGGAUACGUGACUAUUUCGAGCAAAAUUUCAAUUGGCACCUUGGUCCGACAUCAAAGACAUGUCAACGUAGAGCAUGUCUGCGUUCUCGAAACGUGUUGGGGUGAUUAUAUCGAGCUAGAUGAGUCCAUCUAGAGCCUUUUCCUUUUGCUCUUAUCAAAACAGGGGAAGUUUAUAAAGACUUCGCCCAAAUCUUCGAGUAUACAACCUGAAGUGAUGUCCACUUUUGUCAAAAACCUGACAUUCUAUGCUAAGAAUCUUGGGGAACGGGUGACGUUGUUGCUUGUUUUCGAUAAACCUUUCAGAGACUCGGAGUUGCAGGGAUCUCCCAAAAGCUAUCCUAUUGUCUGGAGGGUUGUCGAUUUUGCAGCCAGCGGAGAAUACUCCAUGCAAGCAACGUAUACAAGCCAAUAUGCCGCCCUUAAACCACAAGUCGUCAAUGGAAUCGUCGUCGGAGCCUCCACCUUUGUCGACAUUAGCUACAAUCAGAGGACCACCUUGACAGAUGCUGAUGGUAUAUUUUCUCUCUCACUCCCUGAAACCGGAACGUCGAAUUACAUCGAGAUCGUGAAUGCAACUAAGGCUAUCCAGGACGUUGCACUUGGUUUUAAAGAUACGAGAAGCCCAUUGCCUAUGCCAGUUCUCUACAUCGAUAAUGUUGCAGUCAACUCCUCUGUUAAACCUCAGUUUACUCCAAUCCUGCGUGCCUACGUUACCACCUCCACAGAGUUCAAGGAGACCUAUAUCUUGAAGCACCCUAUUGUAGGAAAAGCAGUUUGGGAGCAGGAUCUUGCCGCGCUUGAUGAGACUACCCGCUGGAUUCUGUCUAAAGACUACAUGGCAGGGCAGUACAAGAUCGAAGAGGCACCUUGGAAACAUUAUGACGACGUAGAAAGAACAUAGUAAAUGAAUAUGUAUGUUGUAUACACUUGUUGAAUGGAAGCUGCUGGUCAAAG